CUCAUUUAAUCCGAAGAUGCUAGAUAUCCUGUGUCCGGUGUGUUUGGGGUGGCGUCCAGGAAAGUUUGUCGAACGGGUUGCGCUCAGUCUCGAUCGGUCGUUCAGCAUGUGUGGCGGGCUGUAGAAAAAAAAGGCGGCAACACGUGUCGUCGUGGAACUUAGUUUGCUGUGCCGGGGCCGUCUGUCAGUAGUGAGUUGAUCCCCGCCGGAAUCGGUGAUCGGUUGUGCGAUGGAUUUUGAUUCCAUUCUCGAGCUGUGCGAUGGGUUCGGGGCUUAUCAGAAGAUCAUUAUAGGGGUGUUGCUGUUUCCGGCCACCUUUCCGUGCGCUUUUCACGCUUACAGUCAACUUUUCCUAGCCGCAAAACCUAACCAUUGGUGCAAAGUGCCGGAAUUCGAUGGACUCGACGGUCAGCUAUCGGAAACGCUUAAAAACAUAAGCUCACCUCAGCUUCCCCACUUCGAUGGUUCGAUCGCGUACUCCAAGUGUUCCAUGUACGCGCGCAACUAUUCCGAAAUUGCGGCCCUUUUCCGCAAUUCGCAGCUCGCCGGAGAGAAUGGUUCGGUAGGGCAGGUGCCACCGCCGAACGGCAUUACCGCGUGCCGGCACGGUUGGACCUACGAUCAAUCCAUCUUCAGCUCAACCGUAGUGACCGAGUGGAAUCUGGUGUGCGAUCGUGACUUUGACACGACGACCGCACUGAUGGUGUUCGGUGUGGCCGGGUUGAUCGGUAACCUCGGGUUCGGCUACAUGCAGGAUUACUGGGGACGGAAGCUAUCCUUCUUUCUCUGUCUGGUGGUCCAGGUGACGGCCGGUGCGGUGGGAGCGGCCAUGUGGAGCUACGGAUCGUGGCUGGUAACGCGCAUCGUUGUGGGCCUUACCGUACCGGCCAUCCUAUCGAGCCCCUACAUGCUGGCGAUCGAACUGGUAGAACCGCGGCGACGCAACUUCUGCACCAUCAUCUCCAACAUUGCGUACUCGGUCGGGCUGGUACUGCUGUCCGUGAUCGUAUACUACGAACGUGACUGGCGAUCGCUAUCGAUCGCCGUUUCCGUCCCGUUGCUGGUGCUGUUCCUCUUCUACACACUGAUACCCGAAUCACCCCGCUGGCUGGCCGCACGGGGCAAAUAUAUUCAGGCAAAGCGGAUUCUGCUAAAAAUGGCCAGAGUGAAUGGCAAAACGAUCGACGACGGCUACCGGCAGCUGCUGGACGAACGGAUUAAGGCCCUGUCCCUGGAGGAUGCACCCGAUCCGGACGCCGCCCACACCAACGAAAUAGGGCUGCGGCAUCUGUUCGCCAAGCCGCAGAUGCGUCGCAAGACCACGUUCGUGGCGUUCAUAUGGCUUACGAACACGAGCGUUUACGUGGGGCUUAGCUACUACGCACCGGCCCUGGGUGGGGAUGAGAUCUUUAACUUCUUUCUAGCGGGGCUGGUCGAGCUGCCGACGUACAUUGUGCUGUGGCCAAGCUUGAAUCUGUUCGGACGCCGCGGGGUGCUCUUCACGACGAUGGUCAUUGGUGGGCUGGCGUGUGCGCUCACGAUCGUUCCACAAGGUCGCACCACAACCCUAAUUCUAUACUGCAUCGGAAAAAUGGGCGUCUCGUCGGCGUUCGUGGUCGUUCCGCUGACCGCAUCGGAAAUAUAUCCAACCGUGGUGCGUGGCCUGGGGAUGAGCUUCUGUUCCGUGGUCGGUAUGCUUGGCCCCAUCGUCAUACCACUGAUGAACUACACGGGCAAGGAAAACGUUGCCAUUCCGCUGGUGAUUAUGGGUCUCGCCCUGACCGCCGGCGGUAUUGCGAGCCUGUUUCUGCCGGAAACGAAAAACAUGCCACUGCCGCAAACGCUUGCCGACGGGGAAAGGAUCACACUGACCAACCCGUUCCAGGAUCCGUUCUACCGAAGGCAACGGGCACGCACGGCAAAGCAGUAGGGCUCUCUCUCUCUCUCUCUCUAGGGCGAUGGAGAAGGUUCGGAAAUGGCACAGAAGGUUCCUGCUGCUGUUCGUUAUCCAUUGUUCGAGAUUUUAACAUUUAUUGUGUUGUUUUAUUGAUUAAAAAAAACACAUGGAAAAAUAUGGACACAUUUUUGUAAGGUAAAUGGGUUUUUUUUUGUAUGCUUGAUUAUCUUCAUAUUCGAAUCACACCGAGUUUGUUGCAGCAUUUUUUUGGAUUUGGGGAGCUUCAAGCUAGAGCGUUUACUAGUUCCGGGCCGUUCCGGGGUUUGUUCCGCCACCAUAACUCUCUAUUGUCAUCGAUAACCAGGUGUGUUCUCAACAGUUUGUCUCUUCCAUUCCUAUUUCCUGUUGAUGCUGCAGCCCUUACCGACCGGGAAGAGUUCGUUUAAUAAAUAGCAUUAUUGUUAUAUUAUUUUUUGGGGCAAACGUUUUUAUACAUCUUGCAGUGUAAAUACAUAUAGUGGUAAAUACAUGUACUAGAUGGAUUUCUUUGUAUUUUAUUUGGACUUGCUUUUUUUGCUGAUUUUAUUCUGCUGUUUUAGCGUAACUGUUCGUGUAAAGAUAUUGUUAUUGCACAUGCCCGCAGCCGCAGGUAGGCAGGAUGGGACAGCAAGUUUUUUUUUCGGUUGAAAUAAAUAUU